UCUCGCCACCCGAACUUGAUCGUCCCCAUGCUCCCUACUCAAGCGCCGCUGCCUUCCGUAAUCCUUACCAAUCCCUGACAAAGACAGCACUAAGAUGGGACAAUCCAAGCUCGUCAUAAGGAGCUGUGACCUGCUAUAAAGACGAUGAGGUGCCCUCCGCCAGACAACAAAACCGUACGAACCACCAUGGCUGCUCCCAGAACCAUUCCCCAAACCCAAACCGCCGUCCUCGUUGGUUGGACCGAGAGGAAGCUCACCACCGUGCCCGUUGGCAAGCCUGGCGCGGGCGAGGUCCUCAUCGAGAACGUCGCUGUCGCGUCUAACCCGAAGGACGUCAAGAUUCCAAAGAUUUUGUAUCAGGAGGGCGAAUCCUACGUCGAGGGAAACGACGUCGCCGGCACGAUUGUAGCUGUCGGAGAGGGUGUAUCCGAGUACGAGAUUGGUGCGCGGGUAGCGGCCUUUACCAAGGUCGGCACGAAGGACAAUAAGUACGGCGCGUAUCAGCAAUACACUGUCGGUACUUUGACGACGACCUUUCCGGUUCCCAACGUUGUCUCCUAUGAAGAAGCAGCGACCCUGCCGCUCGCCUUAGCUACAGCUUUCAUUGGACUCUUCGUCCGCCUCGGAAUUCCUGCACCUGAUACGCCAGAGGCAGCCUCGAACGCCGGAAAGGCUAUAAUUAUCCACAGCGCUGCCUCUUCAGUAGGGUCGUAUGUUGUGCAGCUGGCGAAGCGCACAGGCCUCUUCGUCAUCGCCACAGCUGGCACGUCGAAGGACUAUGCCAGGGAGCUAGGCGCCGACGUCGUUAUUGACUACCGCGACCACCAAGGAGAAACAUUGGUGGACGCGCUCGCCUCUGCCGCGGGCAACCGUCCCACGCCGUGGGUCUACGACGCCUACUCCGAGAAAGGGUCGCCGCUCCUUCUAGCCCGCGUGCUCGAGAAGGUCGCAAAGAACAACAGCGUGUCGAACUUCAAAGGAAAGGUCACUACCGUCCUCCCUGUCCCCGAUGAGGAACAUGAACAGUUCCCUUCGAGCGUCGAAUGGGAGCGCACUUUCGCCGGCACUGUCUUCAACACAGAUGCAGAUUUCGCAGGUCCCUUCUAUCGCAAGGUUUCGACGUGGCUAGCCAACAAAUCAUGCAAGGCGAACCGUUGUAAGAUCAUACCUGGUGGCCUUGCUGGGGUUGCAAAGGGCCUUGAGCUGCUAGCGAAAGGUGUGCACGGUGAAAAAUUGGUGUAUCAGAUCGCGGACACGCCAGGCAUUGGCGCUUGAGCAUGGUCACUUAAGGCGGAUGUAGUGAAUUCCAUGAUGCACUUGUAUGAUCGACUAAUUGAAGCUGAGGCGCGAAAGUAGUAGCUUUACUGAGACGAAGAAUGAAUAUAGAG